CACAACAUCUGAAGGGGUCGAACCUGAUAGAAUUGAGUUCUACAAAAAUACACAUUACUCAAAUGAAAAAGGCUGGGCAUCUGAAGAAGCUGAGACUAACUAUAACAACAUGAUUGAUUUGAAAGCUCUAUAUACUUCGGGAGAGUCUUCCAUGACUAUUGAUGAAAUUGUGGAUGCUAUACUCGGCAAAAAGUCGGGCUACAUAAAAGGUCUCGGUUAUGGUCCAAAACCUAAUACUAAUCGAGCAACACAAAGGAGAACAACAAAGUUAGAAGACUCCCUUAGAAAGACGAAGGAGGAAGCUGCUACUGUCCAACUUGGUCUGCAGAAACGAUUGGAUGCAGCUGAAGUUGUUGUAGAAAAUCAGCAGUCUCAGAUAGAAACAUUAACUUCACAAUUAGAUACUCUAUCGGCACGUCAAGAUGAUAUUAUGAAAUAG